GAGACAAAGAAACGAACACAGCGAGAUCAGCGGUCUGUCAGCAUCUGUCAGCGGGCAGUCCAUCUCUGUUAAAAAGUGGGCCACGUAAGAUGGCGGAUCGCGUGUCCCCUUUUCGAUUGGACGUCUCUAGCUCUGCCCGCCUGUAGCGAAGUCAGCCGGAGAGGCCUGGGAAAAGCUUUCGCGGCUCGCGGGGACGGCCAACUCGCCAUGGCAGGUGGGAUCUGGGCUUUGGGGCUCGUUUCGACAUCGGGAAUAACUCCGUAACCGGACCGAAUCGAACCUAACCGCCAAGUCCCCAUUGCUUUUCUUUUUCGCUUGCUUUCCUUUGUCAGCGUCGUCGCUCUUCGCGGUGUUCGCUCCGACGACCACCGCUUAGGGCGCCACCGACUGACAGAAGGCGAACGAAAAAAAAAAAAACUUUUUUUUUUUUGUCGGGGGGGUCCCAAACAAACAUGGUGGACGUUUGGGAUGUUCGUACUCAACUGCUGAAUUAUUUUCACUCGCAUCCCGGCGAAAAUGUGCGCACAGUGGACCUAUGUCGCGUAAUCAAGCAACCCAAGAAGACAAUCAACAGUGUGCUGUACCGACUACAAAGAGACGGCGUACUACAGAAAGUCGUUGAAAGUCCGCCGACAUGGAGAGAGGCUGGUUCUGGCAGCCGCAUUGAACAGCAGUAUUCAAUCGGCUACCCGAACGACGGUGCAGCGGCUGAUGGUUGGCAUAAGUUGAGAGGACAUCCCGACGAGAAUUCGACAGGCAAGCCUCUGGCCAUCGCAGACGGCAGAUCGCCGCCCCCGCCAUUCCCAACGGGGGCGCCAGACGUGUCGGAUGCGCUGGUGCCGGAGGAGGAGCAGCUCCCGGUGAGGUGCCCCGAGGACUCGCCCCCCCCUCUCAACCUACCUCCCAACCUGGUGGUCGUGAGGGGGGGCAGGUUUCCCGCGGCGGCCCCGCCCGCCCUUGCCCCGCCCCUGGCUCCGCCCCCGUACCAGCCGCCCCUGGCCCCACCCCCGGCGGCCUCUCCCCCAACGAACGCCCUGGUCCCCGUGACGGGAGCCCUGGUGCCGUCGUCUGCCAACGCCGUGGCGCCGGCAGCCUCGACGCCCCCGGCUUCGACCAACAACAUCCUGCAGACGGACCUAACGGCGCUGGUUAUCUCUCACCUGCGGACCGUGGGCACCCCGGUGUACACCAAGGACAUGGUGAAAGCGCUCGGGCUGAAGCACAAGCGCGAGGUGAACCCCAUCCUGUACCGGCUGCAAGACCGCGGCGUGCUCACCAAGGUCUGGGACACGCCGCCGGCCUGGACCCUUGUGCCGGGCAGCUACGGCGACCUGGAGAGAAAUAACCUCUUCGCCGCGGCGGCCGCGGCGGCGGCCGCGGGCAAGCAGCAGGCCGGCGGCCAAGCGCCCCAGCGGGAGAUCCAGGCGCCGCCGGACUUUGGCACCGCCGGGGACGAAGAAUUCGCCGGCGGCGCAAGGCCCAACGGAGUCGGACCCCGGGGCGGCCUCAAGGGUCCCCCCAAGCCAAGGCAGCAGCCGCUGCCCCCGCACGAGCUGCUGCGCCUGAGCAACACCUUCGCCCAGAUGGUGAUGCAGCAGCAGGGGGCCACGGCCAACGGUGGGGUGGCCCCCGCGGCCCCCUCGGCGGCACCCAACCUCAAGAUCACGCAGUCGGUGGUGUCCUCGUCGCUCGAGGUCAGCUACCCGACGCCAGGCGUGACCGGGAACGGGAACGGGAACGGGGACGGCGGCGCCAAUAACGGGGCACGGGAGGAGUCGCCGCCCGUGGCGGUUGCGCCCGCUCCAGCCCCGGCCCCGAACCCGCCGGGCCCGCAGAGCAUUUCCAAGUUCCCGAGCUACGCGUCGCUCACCAAGAACCCCGUGAGCGCUUUCCACGAGUUUGGGCAGAUGCAGCAUGUGGAGGCAAAGAUCGACAUUGUGGCCACGGAUGGUCCCCCCCAUAACCCGAGGUUCAAAGCAGUUGCGUUUCUGGACAAGAAACCUGUGGCCGAGGCCUGGGACAAGACGAAGAAGGAAGCCAAGCACCAGGCCGCCGAGCUCGCCUUCCGCAAACUGGUGGCGAGCGGCGCCCUUGCUUCUGAUGUGCCAUCCCCAGAGACGGACAUCCUGAGCAGUCAGGAUGAGAGCAUUCCAAUGUUUGAUAUUAUUGCUGCCCUGAGUCACCGCGAGUUCAGCCAGAAGGUGCUCGAGGUGCCGGAGUAUGUCGGCGGCCGGAAGGUUCUGGCUGCGCUAGUCAUGAAGAACGGAGCCACCGACAGGGGCACCGUCGUCUGCUUCGGCACCGGAAGUCGCUGCAUCACCGGUGAGCAGCUGAGCCAGGACGGAACCGUGGUGAACGAUUCACACGCAGAAGUAAUAACAAGGAGGAGCUUCCUCAGGUUUCUCUACCAGCAACUGAAGAGCUACGGGCCGGGCAAGGAACACGCCAUCCUAGAGCCCACAGAGGACGGCGAGAAGAUUCGCAUGAAGCCAGACGUCACUUUCCACUUGUACAUCUCCACAGCGCCCUGUGGUGACGGGGCACUUUUUGCACAUACGACCAAACCAGACGACAAGAACAAGACACAGGAUCAGAACAGUGAACAGCAUCACCCACUCUUUACCAAGAGCUGCCAGGGACUCCUGCGAACAAAGCUGGAAGCAGGGGAAGGCACGGUCCCCGUGGACCUGACUACAGACUACCAGACCUGGGAUGCCAUCCUGCAAGGUGAACGACUGCGCACCAUGUCUUGCAGCGAUAAGAUUGCUCGCUGGAACGUUCUCGGUCUGCAAGGGGCUCUGCUCAGCCACUUUCUGCAGCCGGUCUAUCUGAGCUCCAUCACCCUAGGUAAUCUGUAUCACCACGGGCACCUGUCGCGGGCGGUGUGUUGCCGCCUAGAAGGGGACCCGGUGUUGGACGGCCUGCUGCCGAGACGCUACAGCCUGCGCCACCCCGUGCUGGGAUGCGUGAGCGGCCACAACCCGCCCCGGGACACGGAGAAGACCAAGCCGUACAGCAUCAACUGGUGCAUCGGAGAUGAGCGCCCCGAGGUCACCAACAGCGGCACCGGCAUGCGGCAGGACCGGAGUGGUACAAACCUGGAGUCUCGAGUGUCCAAAGCCUCCCUCUUUGGGCUCUUCAAGGACACGUGCGACCUUCUUGGCCGGGAGGACAUCCUGCGCAAGACAUACGGCGAGACGAAGGAGUCCGCCCUGGGCUACCAGAGUGCCAAGAAGGUGCUCUUUGAGCGCUUCCUCAAGCUAGACCGGGGCCGCUGGGUAAGGAAGCCGCCCGAGGAAGAAAUGUUCCACUAAGAGUCGCAGCCGCCAGUUUUGCCACCUCCCCCUCCCUCCUGCCCUCCCCCAUCCUGCGACUACUACUUGAUUGUAUCGACCAUUGGAGAGGCUCGUCAAAGUGGCGCCGACAUUGCACCGGUGUGGGCCCGACGCCGGGCCAGUGUCGAGCCGGCAUUGCUUACUGAUGUGUGGUCACCGGAUGACAGUUCCGGCCGAACGUGAGCGGCCGGUCGGUUUUGUGACGCUUGCCAAUGCUGUUCGAUGGCCGGAGGACAUUGGAGUGACGUCGUGGACAGAUUUUGGGUAGGAGCGGCCUCGUCGAGAUAUAAUGGGGUGUAUCUGUCGGAGACCGGUCAGAGAUGUUGCCGGGGGAUUGUGAAGCGUGCGAGAUAUCUGAUGUUGGCACUUCGUCGGGAGCUCGUCAGGUCCGUGCCGUGAAUCCGCCCGUUCUGUACCGGGCCAGUAAUGGAAGCCUAUGCUACCAGAUGUUCACCGGCAUUGGGGGAGAAGGAGUUUGAAUUUUCAUCUUCGUUUAAGAGGAACUGGAUGGGUUGUCAUUGUGCGUGAUACGGCAGUAAUGUCUGGCAGCCUUUAGGCGUGGAAGAGAGCUGUUCGAGUUGAAGUCGGGUAGUGGACGAAUUCUGUCAGGCGUUAAACUGAUUCUGAAGUGCCCCACCGAUGUCAAAGGUUGUAUAUUGCCGCAGGGGCCGUAAACCGGCGGUUGCCUCACCUCAGUUUAGGGGAUAACAUUGUCAUAAACUUUUCUAAUGGUCUGGAAAUCUGCCGAUUUUUUUUUUUGUUGCUUUUUGUGGGCGGAGUUUUUUUGUUGUUUUAUUGAUAAAAAAAAUUUUGGGACCGCGGUCUCGAUUUUUGCAAGGACGAUAAUACUCUCGCGAAUUUCCCGACGCUUGCGGACCUCCGAACGACGGGGAGUGCCGGAGUGCACGACUCUUCUCGCGGGUGCUCAUGCCGCGAAAUGGGCCAUGGCUCCUUCCAUCUUCUCGAACAAAGGGAGACUGGGGAACGUUCCGGAAAACGUCGCUUUGCGGUGUCUCGAUUCUGACGGUCGCGCAGCACUUUGCGCUCAGCUAGAGAUUACAAGCCGCUCGUUCGCGCUUGCGGGACAACCCCCUCGAGCGUUUUUUGGCGUCUUCGCGUUUCUUAUCGACAUCGCCGAGUUCGGACUACCUGUCUGCCGUGUCCGUUUUCCGGAAAAAGUCCGGUGGAGGGGGUGGGCGGGAGGGACGGUGGGAACUGGCUCCGGCGAACCUUUGUAUCUCCACACGGUCGAAAUCUCAUGGGAGGGGACGAAGAGAGGAGUCGUCACUCCCACUGCGUGAAAGGAAGCGUGAGCGAGCAAACCACACACACACAAAACAGACGAGAAGAAAGACCAAUUGCAAAUGGGGCCGGGAAAGAAACGAGGAAAACGAGUUUCACCCGAACGUCGUGACGAGUACAAAUGCGGGAAGUUGAGAAACAACGCUUGUCUGCCAUGUUGGGGCCAGAAGGGAAGAUGCGCUGUCCCUGCACAUGUAUAUACUGUGUGUGCGUGCGUAACCGAUACACGCGUAUGUAAUAUGUUUGGGUCUUGUCGGGCAGCGGACGGUUCAGCGGGGCGACGGCCGUGAGUGCGGGAAACCGAGGAGCUUCUGGGGCGUUUUAAUCUUUUUUCGUUUUGUUUUUUUUUUUGCUUUGGUUUGCGUGGCGGAAUCUGGACGUGCGGCACGUUGGUUCGAUGCCAUCGAGAAUUGUAGGCCGGUUGGGUCGACAUCAUUACUUUACAGCGUAAGCGGACCGUGACAGACCGUACAGGUGCGGCAGAGCGCCGCCUCCUUCUCUGGGCACCACCGGGGUGCCCGGUUUUUAAAAACGAGCGACAAAGUAGAAGAAAAAAAAAAGAAAAAGAAGGAAAACCUGGAAGCUCCUCUUUUGACAUCUUUUUUUUUUUUUUUUUAAGCUGUUAUAUCUUCCUUUUUUACGGAAGAGCUGGCCCCCCCUUGGUUCCGGGUUUUUGUAAAAGUUCCUUCUGACACUUGUCUCACUCUUCCGCAUGCACAGUGUUGUCAUUUGUGUUGUCAAAAUUGUCAGUGUACAUUGUGUUACUUUUUAUUUUUUAUUUUUUUUUUCUCUUUGGUAUGCAUCAUUUUUCCUCAGUAGAGGAUUAGGGAAAUGACGCCGAACAAUCAUUGUUUUCAUCGGUCAAUUAUGUUUUGUGUCUCAUGCUUUGUAAAUACAGACCCACCAUGCAGCUAUUUCUACCUUGGUGUCUUCGUUAUGAGUAUUACUAUUAUUAUUAUUACGAUUACUAUUGUGCCUCAUCUCCCUUUUUUGUAUGCAUUGUAUCAGCAUUUUUAAGUUUGCUCAUGAGCCAUGAACUUGUUCGUUCUUUUUUUCUCUUCCUCCAAAUGCGUCAUCACCGCCCGUAGCAUGUCUCGGUAGUUGUCAUAACACCGGCAUGCUGUUUCUCUUUGCUUGUUUUUAUUAUUUGCAUUUAUGGUAGUGCUUAUGCAUUUCAUUUUCACCCAUUACCGGCGUAAACAGCCUUUACCGAGCAACCACGCUCUUAAUAGGACUGCCGGCUCUUUUCAAAAUCUCGCCUUCCGUUUCUCGGUUAUGGGAUUUUUUUCCCCGCGAACUCGUCAGUUAACGGCAACCUGCCAUUUUUUUUUUUUUUACCGCCCUGAUUCAGUGGCAGGUGCCAGUCUUUUUAAUUUGAUUUCGGUAUCGUUCGGUCGUGAAAGGACUUCAACGUCUCUGCCUAUUUAUUUCCUUCGAUUGCCACAGAUUCGUUUUCCUGCGGUCGCUCGUCUGCGAUGCAGAGUGGUCGGGUCGUCCGCACCGGACAGACGUGACACCAGUUCGCGUUUCUCGCCUCGUUCAGCGGUCGCACGCUGGUUUUCUCAGAACGGGACGUGCCAAAAAAUGGUUGGGAAGAUUCCGGGGGACGCCACCAAAAUGGGCGGGCUUGCCCUUUUCGUGGCGUUCCGGAGGGAAUGAUGGAGUGCCCGGAAGGUGAUCUCGCUGCCUUUGAGAUGCGCCGUGGCGGCGAAACCAGAGGCGAGAGAAAGAGUGUCCCCGCACGCUUGGCGUUUCUGUUUUGCGCACACACAACACUUCUUCACACCUCCGGCAUGAGCGCGUGUCGUUAACGCAGCGGGGCCCGCAGACACUGCGGUCGACUUUCCGUUCGCCGCGACGCUUUGCAGUCUUGGAAAAACGGGAAAGGGCAAGCGGUGUGCACCUAAAGGCUCCACGUCCCUUCGUAUCCCCGCACUGUACUAACCGAAAACACGUGCACACACUUGUCGCAUGUACACACAAUGUGCACAGCACUGAAACGACCCUUUUGGCAAAAAGUUGGUCGGUUGCGGAGCGCGGGAGGAUUGAAGAGACAGUCGUCGAGGUUGGAAGCAGCGGGCGUACUUAAGAAACGGAGCGUAGCGCAACCCUUCUCUGCAGGAAAAAAAAAAAAAAAAGCAGCGAGUCCUCUUCUCGAUGUAAUGUGCAUGUGAUGUGUGUCUGUGUGUACAUGUGUGUGUGUGUGUGCACAUAGAAGGCACACAUGCUUAGCUGGGAGGGGAUGACCUGCCAAUUAGUUGCAUGCUUAGCAGUCAGGCUUUGGGCCCAUAGGCGCAUAAUAGCCCGCCGUUCCGUUUUACUCCGAGGGUUCGGCUCUCGGCUUUGGAAAGCUCCGGCGAGCGUGUGGGACCCCGGUCCCUGCCCGGUCUCUGCCCGGCGUCGACCGGGGCUUCCCCGGCGUUCCGGCGGAAGCGAGUGCGUCGGGCAUCGGCUCUCGUAGAACUCGUGCCGCUAGCGCAGUUGUUCCAGCGAGGAUAUACACUCUAGGCCAGCGGGUGGCGCCCCACCGGAAACGAAAAAGGCCACCGCGAAACGUGCGACCCGUCUCGCCGCAGUCGCCCUUCCCGAGUACGGCCGGGGCGCGCCCGGCGAUCUAACCUAGGCGUCGUCUAUAGCUUCUGUUUUUAUCUAUUCUCUUUCUCUCUCUCUAUCUCUCAGUAGUAACAUCAUUUUAUUGUAGCUUGAAUGUGUAACCCCCCUCCCCCACUCGUGGCUGUUUUAGUAAUCGAACCUAAUCCGACCUAGGGCCGACGUCUGCGAGUCCUUCGCGGACGUCGGCGGUAGAUCGUCGCGUCGUUGUGUAACCUAGCGAAAACGCGGCUUAGGAAGGUUCGCCGUCUCUUGUUGUGCUCGUGCAUCUUGUCCGUGUGGUGCGUGCUCGGAAGAAAAAAACCACCAAAAGCGUUGACUUGGAAAAAAAAAAAGACAAAAACGAGGGAACCUGGUUUUUUCGGCGUUGCCGCAUAAACGUUCUUUUUUUUGUUAUCGUGCUUUCUUCUCUUGCACGGAUUUUGUGCCGUUGCAUUUGCGCGGGUUUUCCCUGAGGGGGACGGGAAAGGGGGGGGAUGUAGUGUCCGGGGACGCGCGGCAGUCCCCCAGGUUCCGGCCCCGCAACCGACGAAGGCGACGGCGGGUUUCCAGGCGACGCGCCAAAGCGAAGAGGAGUGUGAAGUGGCGCAGACACGGGGAAAAUGUGCGUGGCAAACACGACGACGAGUCCCCUCACACUCGGAACUCUACGGUCGCCGUCGUCGGCUUUGCAGGCCGAAGGACUGGACGUCAGGAACUUCCGACUGCCGGCGACCCCGCGUUGGGGAGAACUGCCCCCCUCCCCCCCCGACACCUCCCCCUCUGGCGGCCCGCCUUCUGUUUCUCGCUCGUUUCUUUUUUCGCAGCUUUUGUUUCUUCUGGAGAGAAACGGUUUCUUGCGAGUUGUACGCGGUCAACAUUCCGAGGCAGCGGGCCGCCUUUGCGCGGUCCGCGUCGUGGCAUCCCUUCGUCUCUGUUUUCUAGCUCGUCUUCAAGCUUUGUCACGGGAACGUGAAUAAGAAAGAAAAAAAAAAUGUGCGGCAGAACGAUCGCGCCGGCGGCGUCCGAUGCGUGACGAUCGUCUGGCACAUUUGUUGCUUGCUUUGUCUUUGUGUAAGAGCCGACAGGAAGACAAACAUACGAACGAAGCGGAGAAAAAAAAUCGCAAGCAGACGGUGUAAGAUGCUGUGAAGCUUUCUUUUGUUCCCGUUUGAUUUUUGUCUUCUCCGGAAUUCAACUUGGAAACAAAGACCUUGCCCUACCCCCUACCCUCCCCCAUUUUAAAAGUUUUCUUUUUUCUUUGUGAGAGUUGGCUUUUCGGCAAAGUUUGAUACUGACAGCAACAAAAAAAACACAUUCCACCGUGCAUGUUCGUUUUGUAGGGUUUUUUUCUUUUUCCACUCACGCCCGCGGUUAAAAGCCCCGUUUCCCGUUUUCCGACGGAGCCCAUUUUUUCUUGCGUUUGUUGCGACGUCCGUCCCUUUCUGCGAUCCCCUCAUUUCAGGAGGGGAGGCUGAGCCCGUGUAUAUAUACAUAUAUAUAUAUGUACAUAGUCAUGUAUAUAUAUGUAUAUAUGCGAGCAGAUAGGGGGGAUUUUUUUAGUUCCCCUUUCCACCCCAACAUUACUUUCUAGCCCCUCCUCGACUAAUGGAGAGAGUCCGUUUAACCGCAGUCCUCGGAUGCAAAAGUUCUUCACACCCCCCCUUCCCCCUUUGCCUCACUCUGGCCCUCGAAAGGCAUCCUUGUUUUUAACCACGUGGAGAGCCGAGGGCAUUGCUCAUUGCAGCAACAUUGUGCGAGAUGUCCGUCUUGCAGACAACGGCCAGUUGUUGCAGACGACGGACAGUUGUUGCAGACAACAGCUUUUUGUUGCAGCAGACGACAGCCAAUUGCCCCUUUUCAUACCCCUCCUCCCUGAUUUUCCUGCCACAUAUUUAGAAUUUUUUUUUUUUUUAUUGUCCUAACACCAUAUUUAAUGUUGGGAAUGUCGAAUCUGAGUGGACAUUCUCACGAUCACCUUACACGAGAGGAAAGCUGACCGAGACUUCCGUUUCACUGUUGAGUUGUUUUUCGUUUUUUUUUCUUUUAAAGCAUUGCGUUAUUUUUUUUAAAGAUGUGAACUUGUGCAGCUAUCGGUAGUAUCAUCAAGCAGCUCAAAGUACUGCUGGCUACGUUCGUUAGAAACAAAAAAGGGUUGGGAAGAAAUAAAUCUGUUCUGUGGGGAAUGCACCUCCUUUUCGUCGUCAAUGUUUUAGGAAAUGGCAGUCCUGCUCGUUGUCGUUUUUUUUUUCUCCCCUUCCUAGAACCUUCACAGCAUUUUUCAUGACCUGCACACAUCUCCAACUGUGAUCUUGUUUCAUAUUUGUUCUUUUUUUUUUUUUUAAGUAGGAAUUUUUUAAUGAGACGGUUUUCCUAUGUAUCUGUGUGGGCUUGUUGCGACGUCAACAGGUGCAGCAAUGCUAGUCAACCAGUAGCAAAAACUUGGUUAAGACGCGGAAAACAAAUUGUCAUCUUCGAAUGAACUGCCUUUUUGCAGAGUCUUUUUUUUUUUUUUUUUCAUUCUUGUGUGUCUCUUUUCAUUUCCUUGUUGCGAUCGGGUGUUUAAUCUGCAGGUUUAAAAAUGAAAAAAAAAGAAUGGAACAAUAGAAGUUACACGUUUGAGGACGGUGUACACUUAAACAUCCAUAGUGUUGUGAUAUGUAAACUGGAUAUCCGAAUAAAGGUCACAAAUGCA